GUUAAGAAUUAGUUGCAGGAACACAAACAUUAACUCCGAGCGACAUAGUCCUCUUGUUGCCAAACCCUUUUAUAACUCUGGAUUCGGGACAGUAAGCAAAGGGUGUACACCAGACCACACACAACAUUCAGUCACCAGCGGUUUUCUGCAGAAUAUAAAAGGAUGAAGGGAGUGGUAGCCUUGUCACUACUGCUGCCUCUGUACUGCAGCUUCUCCAUGGAACAGGUUAAUCAUGGGAAUGCUGGGGGGAUUGGAGCCAGCCUGGCUGUCUGUCUGCCGGACACCUGCGCCAUUUUCAAGGAACUGGCAGCCAUAAAAGAGAGGCUAGGGAGUAUGGAGCAGACUCAGGCUGCCCUGAAGGAUAGUGUGGGGGCCAUGGGACAGAAACUGGGCGCUGUCGAAAACAAGCUACAAGCCAGUGAGAGGGACGUGGAGGAGAUGAAGAGAGUGAAUACAGUUCAAGAGAAAGAACUGUAUUCCUUAAAGGAGAGCCUAACAGUUGCCCAGCCAAAGAUAGCCUUCUCUGUAGCACUCACUGACUAUGGUAGUGGAAACACUGGACCCUUCACCAUCGAUACCCCUUUAAAAUAUAAAAAAAUCUUCUCCAACGCCGGCAGCGGCUAUAACCCCGCUACAGGCAUCUUCACAGCCAUGGUCAGAGGGAUGUACUGCUUCCGUUAUUCAAUGUACAGCAACAACUCUGGCCGUCCCAACUCUGUUUUGUCUCUGAUGAAGAACAGCGAGAUGCUGGUUACUACGUGGAACACUGAUGACAGUAUGAAUGUCCAUGAAAGUUCUAGUAACGCAGCCGUGGUACAGCUGGAGGUGGGGGACAAUGUUUACAUUAAGCUUUGGGCAAACAGGGUCAUCUAUGACGACACUGGCAACUAUAACACAUUUACUGGAUUCCUACUGUUCACAGUGUAAGAACGCUAGUUUAUUUGACUUCAAUUUUAUAAGGACUAGCAAUACCAAUAGUGUUAAUUUAGCCAUGGGCAAAUAUCACAAGUUUAGAAAGAUUGAACCAUGCAGUACAUAGGAAUCGAAACCUAAAAAAAGUGACUCGAUUUACUAGACAACAACAAAAUGACUAUUGCGGUUAUUAUUGUUUGGUGUUCUUAUCAGGUUUUGCUUGUGGUAUGAUCAAACUACAGUCACACAUAACAAUUUAUUUAUUAUGUAAACUAUUCUUUUUUGCCAAGAGGGGGCACCUUUGCACCCAGUAGGUUGGGAGUCACCAAGCAAUGCUUUGGAGACAUAGGAACCUUUGAUCAACCACUUUUAUAAGGAUGCAAAUGCUUACAUUAUAACAUAGCUGCUUUCUUACUCCUGUAUCUUAUACUUGUGUUGAGUAAACACAUUUAAAUACAUAUACAGAUAUACACAAAUUUUUGGUAAACAGUGCAGUGUUCAUGAUGAUCAAAACUGUGAUGUAUCAUGGGUAAAUUGUGACGGACUGAUUUUAUCUAACAUCGGUUUAUAAUCAUAAACUCACCUUCAAAGUUUGCUGGAAUACUCCAAUUCACAUGCCAUAGUGUAAUGGUGCAUUCGUAACCAACUGGGAAGUGGGAAUUUACAACAUAUUAAUACUAUUUUGCAGGAAGUUUGGGAUCCCACCAGUAGAGUUGAACCUGUACACACACAUACACACGCUUUCAUGAACUAACACAUUCAAACCUUACAGCAGCACAGAGGUAUGGAGUGUGCACGUGUGUUGAGGCAAGCUGCUUGUUUAUUGUCAAGGUGUAAAAUAAUACUGUUUUCACUAAUGUUAUUGUACUGCACGCCCAUUUCUCAGGAAACUACACUGAUGGAAUGAAUCAAUCAUUGAUUACAUCAA